GCCGGUAGAACUCGGUAUGGACACGCUGGUAGCUCUGGAGCCGGUGCACCGCGUCUGCCAAGUGUGCAACCUGUGGCAAUGGCGCCUCGCCACCCCGCCAGAUACGGAGGGCAUCCUGCUCCGCCGAUCGCGCUGGCUGGAAUUCUACGCAUGGACAGUGCUGACGGCGGCCAGUGGCUUUACCGCCUAUGACCUCUUCCAGGAGAGCAGCGUCCAGAAGGAGGAGGGUGCCGAGUCUACCAUCUCGAGCAUUGGUCACACCGUGGACUUUAUCCAGCUGGUGGGCAUGCGGGUGGCACACCUGGCUGCCCUGCUGGAGGCGUUGUGGCAGCGGCAGGCGCAGCGCCAAUUCUUCGCGGAGCUGGGCGAGAUCGAUGGGCAGCUGGCCAAGGCCCUGAGGGUGGAUGUGGAGGGCGGUCGCCUCCUGAUGCGCCGGCAGACGACACGUCGGGCUGUGUGGAUCCUGUGGGGCUAUGCGACCAGCCAGAGCCUCAUCCUGGGCGCCAAGCUGCUCGCCCCUGGCCACCGCUUCCCCGUCUACUGGAUCUGCUACCUUCUGCCGUUGCUUGUGUGCGGUCUACGCUACUUUCAGAUCUUCACCGCCGUCCAGAUCGUGCGCCAGCGCCUGGACGAGAUCGUUGUGGCCCUGCAGCAGCUGCAGCUGCAGCAGAAGAACCCCGGCCAGGAUGCUGUGACCGAGGAGCAGGCCGACCUCGAGCACGCGGCCAUUGAACGACUGAUUGCCGUGAGGCUCAUUUACCAACGGGUGUGGGCCCUGGUGUCCUUGCUGAACCAGUGCUACGGGACCUCCAUGCUGAUGCAGGUGGGCAACGACUUCCUGGCCAUCACCUCCAACUGCUACUGGAUGUUCCUGAACUUCCGCCAGUCGGCGGCCUCGCCCUACGACAUCCUGCAGAUCGUGGCCAGCGCUGUAUGGUCUGCACCCCAUCUGAGCAACGUGCUCGUCCUUUCGCUGCUCUGCGACCGAACGGCCCAGUGUGCCACUCGCCUGGCCCUGUGUCUUCAUCAGGUGAGCGUGGAUCUGGGGAAUGAGUGCCACAACGCCCUGGUAGGUAUUUUCUCUGCCCCAGAACAUUUGUCCAUUGCUUCUCCCCGUUCUCCCCAGAUCACCCAGUUUUCGCUGCAGCUGCUCCACCAGCGGCUCCACUUUAGCGCCGCUGGCUUUUUCAACGUCGACUGCACGCUUCUUUACACAAUCGUGGGUGCCACCACCACAUACUUGAUUAUCCUAAUCCAGUUUCACAUGAGUGAGUCCACAAUGGGCACCGGAUCGAACGGAGAAUAG